AUGCCAUCCAAGAUAGUAGAAGGCCAGACAGUGGAGAUUACUGUGAACUUGAGAAGAAUAGCAUUUUCUGUCCCAUGGACAAGGAAGGCACCUGGUGCAAUAAGGAGACUGAAGAAAGAGAUCCAGAAGUACUUUGGAGAGAAGACUGGGGUAGUUGUUACGAAGGAGCUCAAUAACUUUGUGUUUUUGAACGGAAAUAAGAACAUUCCUGCCAAGAUCCGUGUCCGAGUCACUAAGAAGACAUGCGAAAAGGAUGCAGAGAAGCAGAUACUGCAUACUGAGCUGGUGAUUGUCGGGUCGUUCAAGGGCCUCAAGGAGAUUGUUAUCGAUUAA